GGCCCGUGAAAUCCAACAUCGAUUGAGAAGACUACUCUCGCCAUGAAGAUAAGUGUUAUUGACAACAAACGAUGGCGAUUCUUAAAGCUACACCGAGGAAAUCUCUUGUGUUUUUUAAUGACAAGCUAUAUAUAUCGAAUGCUCCAAACCACAUAACCUCCCUUGCUGACCCAGUUAGGCUCCUGAAAUUUGCUACCGGUACUAGAAACCUUAAGCUCGGAAAAAUAAUCCAUGCCUAUUUCGUCGUUAUUUCAAACAAUGCAUUCAGUAACGGCAGUGGUGUAGUUCAAACGAAUUCUCUGAUCAAUUUAUACGCUAAAUGUGGUCAAAUUCAGAUUGCCCGCCAGCUGUUUGAUAGUAUGAGUGUGAGAAAUGUGGUUUCCUGGAGUGCAUUAAUGGCUGGUUACUUGCAUAAUGGACGUGCCUUGGAAGUUCUUGGCUUGUUCAAAAGUAUGUUUUCGGUGGAUCAUGUAUGUCCUAAUGAGUUUGUAAUGACCACUGCUCUUUGUUCCUGUUCUAAUGGUGGGAAAGUCCAAGAAGGCAAGCAGUGUCAUGGUUAUAUUUUAAAGUCUGGAUUGAUGUUUCAUCAGCAUGUGAAGAAUUCCCUUGUUCACAUGUACUCAAGGCUUUCGGAUAUGGAAGGGGCUAUAAGUGUUUUCAAUACAGUACCAGCUAAUGAUAUUUUUACUUAUAAUUCAUUAUUACACGGGCUACUAGAACAUGGGCAUCUAAAGGAAGCAGUACAAGUUUUAAGUAGGAUGGUGGGUGAGUGUGUGAAAUGGGACAGUGCUACUUACGUUACUGUUUUUGGCCUUUGUUCUAGUCUUGGAAUUUUGAGAUUAGGUCUACAAGUUCAUUGCCAAAUGUUGAAGACUGACAUUGAGCAUGAUGCCUUUGUUAACAGUGCAAUCAUGGAUAUGUACGGCAAAUGUGGCAAGCUCAUAAAUGCAGUGAAUAUUUUUCAACGCUUGUUAACUCGUAACGUCGUCUCCUGGACAACAAUCAUGGCUGCUUAUUUCCAAAAUGGGUACUUUGAGGAAGCUUUGAACCAUUUUGUGAAUAUGCAAAUAAAAGAUAUUGCACCAAAUGAAUAUACUUUUGCUGUGUUGUUGAACUCAAGUGCAUCUUUGUCUGCUCUGAGACAUGGAGCUCUGUUACAUGCCUGUGCUGAGAAGUCAGGUUUUAAGGAUCAUGUCAUUGUUGGAAAUGCACUGAUCAAUAUGUAUGCCAAGAGUGGCCACAUUGAAGCAGCGAAUGAAGUAUUCUCAAACAUGAAUUUUCGAAACUCCAUUACCUGGAAUGCUAUGAUAUCUGGGUAUUCCCAUCAUGGGCUCGGCAAGGAAGCUCUAAAUGUGUUUCGAGACAUGAUGAUGGUUGGAGACUAUCCUAACUACAUAACAUUUGUUGCUGUACUUUCUUCAUGUUCCCAUUUGGGUCUGGUUCAACAAGGGUUCUAUUAUUUGAACCAACUGAUGAAACAACUUGGCAUUGAACCUGGAGUUGAGCACUAUACCUGCAUUGUUGGGCUUUUGAGCAGGGCUGGAAUGCUUGAUGAUGCUGAGAGUUAUAUGAGAUCUGUAUCAACCAAAUGGGAUGUCGUUGCCUGGCGCACUUUACUGAAUGCUUGUUAUGUGCAACGAAAUUAUGACUUAGGCAAGCGAGUUGCAGAGAUUGUUGUAAAGAUGGAUCCUGAUGAUGUGGGAACAUAUCUACUGUUAUCAAAUAUGUAUGCCAAAGCAAGCAGGUGGGAUGCAGUUGUGAAGAUUCGAAAACUCAUGAGGGGAAGAAACAUUAAGAAAGAACCCGGAGUGAGUUGGGUAGAGAUAAAAAAUACUACCCAUGUCUUUGUUUCAGAGGAUAACUCGCACCCAGAAUCUAGACAGAUUUAUGAAAAGGUAGGGGAGUUGUUGAACAAAAUCAAACAAUUGGGGUAUGUACCAGAUAUUGCUGCAGUGUUGCAUGAUGUAGAGGAUGAGCAGAAAGAAGAUUAUCUUAGCUAUCAUAGUGAGAAGCUGGCCAUAGCAUAUGGCUUAAUGAAAAUGCCUUCUGAAGCACCUCUCCGUGUUAUUAAGAACCUCCGGAUGUGUGAUGAUUGCCACUCUGCUGUGAAAAUGAUUUCAAAACUCACAAACAGAAUAAUCAUUGUUAGAGAUGCCAAUCGUUUCCAUCACUUUCAAAAUGGAUGUUGUUCUUGUGCAGACUACUGGUGAAGAUAAUUUAAAUGAGCUAAAGCAGCAAAAUUAACAUCAUGGUCAGUGGCGGCUUACUGGCUUCGUAUCAGCAUCAAUGACACCCUGGCAUACUCCUGAAUGCAUCACUCUUGACUAUCUUGUGUGUGUUCUUUCUAUAAUUUGACCAUCCAUCAACAAAUUCUUCUUUCAAAUCUUGAAACUUCAGAUCUUAUUUGAGUCA